CCCCAUGUUCAACCCAGUCGACAACAUGUUCAAAGAUGACGAGACCGCUGCCACUUCUACAACUGGCAUAAUGACCCCCACAUCGCAAGAGCCUACGAUAACAAUCUUGCUACUCGUGCGUCAACGCCCAGCUUCGGAAGACGUGCAGGUCAAGAUGCGUCGCUCUAUGCCUUUCGGGAAGCUUGCCGAAAUGCUCAGGGCCAAAUUCAAGAAUACAACCCACUUCUAUCUUCGCAAGGCCUUGACCACGAUGCCGAUUGAUUCGAAGACUCAAGAAGAUUGGCAAGUCAUCUUUGACAGCGACACACCCGCGUCCCUAGGCUUAAAGAAUCACCUGUCUGACGAGGUCGAGACUGCUACCGUACCAACAACUGGUAUGAUGACCCCCACGACCCACAAUCACCAUCUUGGUGAGCGUCAGAGACAAAAAGGCCACUUGAGACGGGAUCUUCAGAUCAAGACACGGCGUAGCAUGCCUUUCAGAGAGCUUGUCGCCUUACUCAAGACAAAGUUUGACCAGUCAGAAACAUUCGGUUUAGAGAUGGAGCUAGACUCGGAGACUGUCUGGUCGACAUACGCAGCCGUCUUCGACAGUGACACACCUGAU